UUCUGAAUGUGUAUGAUCCUGUGUGAGGACGACCUAUAACAAGUCGGUGUAGACCAGAAAGGCGGUGUAUUGUAUAGGCUCUGAACUUCCUCUAGGCACAUUAGACCAUAUAUCUACACAUACUUAAAUUAUGGUCACCAGAGACAUUUAAUAUAAGGAGUCAGAGGUAUCGCCAAGGCUCAGGUACCUAAGGGUGCCCAAAAGCCCCUCUGCCACAGAAGACACCAUAAUUGGGACCUAAGAUUUAGUUACUCCUUUGAAAACCUCUCCUGAGUUCUGCCUCCUUCUCUACAGGUCAAUCAUGGAGCCUCCUCUUACUGCUCCACAUGGUAUUCAAAUGAGUGACAUAACCUGUGAUUCAUUUCGCGUGUCCUGGGAGAUGCCACCGUACGAUGCCAGGCGGGUUACCCACUACUUCAUAGAUCUGAAUAAGACGGGAGGUCAGAAGGAGAAUAAGUUCAAGCACCGGGAUGUGCCAACCAAACUGGUGGCCAAAGCGGUGGUGCUGCCCAUGACGGUACGAGGCCACUGGUUCCUGAGCCCACGCACAGAGUAUACAUUGGCUGUACAGACCGCAAUGAAACGUAGUGAUGGGGAAUACACUGUGUCUGGCUGGAGUGAGACCCUUCGCUUCUGUACAGGAGAUUAUGCCAUGGAGCAGGUCAAACAGUUGCAAGAGAAAGCUGAAGGGAUCGCCGGACGUAUGUUGUCGUUCCAAGUCUUCUACAGGAACCAGACGGCAGAAUAUUUCCAGCAUGUCAGGGACAAGUGGGGAGGCCUAAUGCUUCCAUCCAUAAAAGACCAGAGCGGGAGCCAUGGAUCACCAAUCAGUGGCACACUCCAUGGCGUCUUUUUCAGCUGCAACACAGAAUUCAACACGGGCUUGCCCCCGCAUGACUCGCCCUACGGGACAUGGAGGGUGAUGGUUCCAGCCGGGUAUCUCUUCAAUGAAAACACACACCUGUACUUCGCCGACUUCUACUGCAUGUACAGCGCCUACCACUAUGUAGUCCUAGUGCUGGCUCCUCGAGGUUCUCAAGGCGAUGCCUUCUGCAGUGCCCGUUUGCCACUCCUGGACCCACAAAACAACCCAUUUCUGACCCGGGGAGAGCAGGGAAGUUACUGGCAUGCACAAGAUCUUAUAUUGGAGAUAAUCUACACUGAACCUGUGCCUAUGGGCAUGGGGCAACUAUCAGAGAUCAAAGGGCAUCAGUUGAUGAGUCUUUCCACAGCCAAUGCCAAGAAGGAUCCCAGCUGUAAGGUGUGCAAUAUCUUUGGUGGGCGCUAGGGGGGCCACAUCUAAUUUGUCCUCGGUAUUCGUCGAGUUAAAGGGAUUUGUAUGUGUGGCUUAUGGUGUUGAAAGUGUAAUUAGCUUAUUUCCAAAACCAGUCCCCAAAGAACAUCUUGUCUAUACCGACAUACUGACCUAAGUGCUGGGAGGAAUGGAAGAAAGGUCCUACAGUAGGUCUUAAAACUGGGGCACUGUGAGCAGCGUAGCGUCUUGUUUCUCCAACCAGUACCCAAUACGGUGGAGACGCUCUAAAUCAGGCAUCCUCAAACUGCGGCCCUCCAGCUGUUGCAAAACAACAACUCCCAGCAUGCCUAAACAGUCUACAGGUAUCUGCCUACAGCAGGGCAUUGUGGGAGUUGUAGUUUUACAACAGCUGGAGGGCCGCAGUUUGAGGAUGCCUGCUCUAGAUGAUGAAGCUAGAUGUUCCUUCAGAAAAGGGAUGAUGGUUAUUGGAAAGGUAUCGAUAACAUAGGAGCUGCCAACCUUUUUAGGCAUGUCAUAUAGCAUGGUCACCUUGUCAUUCCAUUACUACCACCAAGUGGAACUGGAAUGAAUUGGUGACCAGAAGAUAAGGUCAUCCUCUUCACUUUUUUUCUAUAGUGUCCUUAACAAAUAUCCUAAUGAUAACUUAAGACAAUAUGAGAUCCAGUUUCGCAGAGAACAUUGGUUUUCGCCAUGGCAACUGAUUAUUUUUAUUUUUAUGGAUGACCCCAUUCUCUAUUGGUUUACAAAAAUACCCCAGUCAUGGAAUAGGGGUGAUCAGAGGGCAUGAGCAGUGCUCGGUAUAUACUGGCAGUGUUUAUGGUCAAAUAUGCCUUUGGAAUGGGUUGAGAAAGAAAAAUCCCACACAUCUCCAUCCAUUGUGUAGCGGACAGAGCUUGUAGCUAGGACUGCGGUAAACAAUUAUUUUAGAAAUUGAGUAUUCGGUCGAUUAUUAUUUACGAUUAAUCAAGUAUUUUAAUAAGAAAAAAUGAAAAUAAUAGACUGUUUUCCUUUUAUAAAAACUCAUCAGAUCCCCUGCCAUCAGUCCCCAACACCCUUCCCCUGUGCGAUCAGCCCAAAUGCACCAGUUCCCCCCCAGUGCCAUCAGCUCCAUUUCCUCAGUGCCUUCAGCUUCCCCCCCAGUUCCACCAGCUGCCUCCUCAGUGCCACCAGCUGCCUCCUCAGUGCCAUCAGGCUCCCACCUAGUGC